AUUAAGUAAAAAUCAAAUUUCAACAUGGCGGAAUCGUCUGUGUUGGAUAAUGAAACAGCGGAAAUGGAAAAGUUUCAAGAUGAAUUGGAUAAUCUUGUACUCGAAGGAAACGAUGGCUUGUUAGAGAUAAAUAAUCCCGAUUUAAAAACGGACGAAAAAAUGUUACCUGUACACUUUUUACCGGAGGGAAAGAAAUGUUAUGAUUGGAUAAAUGAGGAUCUGGAGAAAAAGGAAACAGAUAAAGAUGAUAAGAAAACGAGCGAAAAGGAACAAAAAACAAAAACAAAAAUGAUUAACAGUGUGACGUACACAUCGACACGUCAAUUGGGUGGUGAUUCCCCGAAUAGGGAUUGCCACAAUGUUCUAAAAGCCGCGGAAAAUGGAGAUUUAGAAAGACUUAAAGCUAUACUUGAAAAGAACUCGUGUGUGAAUGCUACAGAUAGUGAUGGUUAUACUGCUCUUCAUCGUGCGAGUUAUUCUGGACAUGAGGAAGUGUUGUUGUAUUUAUUGAAGCAUGGAGGAAACGUACAUGCUAAAACUCAUGAUGGUUGGCAACCAAUACAUUGUGCUGCUAGGUGGAAUAAAAUUGAUAUUUGCAAGAUUUUGUUGGAACAUAAAGCCGACAUUAACGCGGCAACAAACGGCUUACAAACGCCACUUCAUUUUGCGGCGUUGUCAUCAGAAAGUCAACCAUUACUUGAAUUGCUUCUUUUGCAUCCCGAUAUUAAACACAACGUCGUUAAUGCAGCUGGCGACACGCCGUACGACUUAGCUCAUCGCAGCGGACCACAAGUUAAACUGUUCGAGUUAGUCGACGAUGGCUUGAAGAUUUAAUUUAUGUAAGAAAGUUUUUAGAAUAGCUGAAUUGCCAGCGACUGAUGAAUCAGUUUAUUUGCAAUGGAGUCUGCCUCAAAUACCCUCCACCCUAAACAACCUCCAUCUCGAACAUGUACCUCGAUCCUUUUCCGUAACUUUCAAAAAAAUUAAUUCUGUUGUCUAUCAAUUUUUGUGGGACCCACGAAAUUUUUGAACAGCGUGGGUUUCCAACCCACACACUUCAAAUUCUUGAACCAAUUUUUAGGCCCUUUCAAAUACGAGAUAUAGAGAGUCUGCUGAACCUAGUUUCUGAAGUUUGUAGACGCUUCUUUUUUUCCUACAUUUGAAAGUCAUAUUUUAGUCUUCUACGAGCUUUAUUUGUACGAAUUUCUGAAUGAAUAUAAGAAGUUCUAUUUUUACUUUUGAAUUUAAGUAAAUCAAAUUUCCAUUGUAAUCUAUCUCUUCCUCAAAAAACAUUACCUUGAAACUAAGGAAAUGCAAAACUCCGUCUGGGAGCGAAGUUGUCUUGAAUAUAAAAAACGGUAUAUUUUUUAUGCAUUUUAUUUAUUAAAAAGAAAAAGUCGUAUUUAUAAGAAUUGUAUUUAAAUUGAGAGUUUCUGUUGGUUUUUAAUUAAAAUUUACAAAGUCUGGUGUAGGAAUGUUAGUUUUUAUGAAAGUUUUUAUAAAGAAAAACAAAUCGACUGUAGUAAGGAGUGGAGUAUAAUUUUUUAACAUUUUUUCCAAUACAUACUUUUAUGCUCUA